UUGUAAAUUGGACUAUUUUUAAGAUCUGUUAGUAAGUAGCCGACCUGUGAUGUCUCUGAUGAAGUACUUGACUUGGAACUUGAGAUACAGAGAGAAAUAUAUAGUGUUGUGCUUAGUUUUGGAGAUUAAGAGAUAGAUUUUAGUUCCCAAGGAUCGAUAUUGAGAGUAAUUUUGUUAAUUGAGCAAAUUUGUGGUAAAGUAUUAAAGGAUGUGAAAUUAUCAUUCUGGAGCCAUUGUUACUGGUUUAUAUCAUAAUGCAUCCUUGUCCUCUGAGGAGAACAGAAGUAAUGAAAUGAAGGAAAUUUUAAAUUAUUUCUUAUUCUUAGGUACCUUGGAGAUUAAGCCUGUUGUUAUUUUUAGUUUGAAAACGAUGUACAAUAGGCCAAUUGAAAUCGCUUGAACGCUGAUAAAAAUCCUAUGGCUGCUUUCUCUCAUAACAAUGUAGCAACAUUUGUUAAUGGCUCUA